AUGCCUCGCUGCGUCCCAAGUACUAGUACCCCCCGGGCCGCGCGCUGUGACCUACUUCGCGCGGCUCCGCCAGCUAGUCGUCCCCCGCGCGGCGCUCCGCAUGCGGCGGGCGCAGGAGCAGGGGAGGGCGGCCGCGUGGUCACCGCCUGGUUAGUGCUCCCUCUCACCCCCCACUCUCUUCCUCCCUUUCCCCCAUUCCCUCACCUUCCUCCUUCCCAUCCUCUUUUCCCCGCAACCAUCCACCCACCCUCUUUCCGUCCCUCUCCCCAGCCCUUCCUCACUCCUCGCGUACACACACUCCCCUCCGCCUCCUCUCAAGUGCCCUUUAAUUUGCGGCCUUCGCGUCUCUAUCUGCGCACUGUUUCGCUCUCGUCCUAUAUGCACCUCACCUCAGCAUCCGCACGCCUUGGACUCCACAUCACCUUCCACGUGCUCCUCCGAGGAGUCCCACCAUCCACCCUUUUCUCUCCAACCCUCCUCCUCUUCUCCUCCCCGUCUCCACCGCUUACUCCUCCCCGUCUCCUCCCCGUCUCCACCGCUUACUCCUCCCCGUCUCCUCCCCGUCUCCUCCCCGUCUCCUCCCCGUCUCCUCCCCGUCUCCUCCCCGUCUCCCCGUCGCACCCAGACCCGCCACUCCCAGUUACGCCAGCGAGCACGAGCAGCACGAAAGCCGGGCAUUCGGGUAGACCGAGCGAGGAGAAGGCUGCUCCCAGCGCGCAGCAGCAUUCCCACGGCACCCGCAAGGCCUCUGGCAGACCACCCCCUCGCGUGCCGGACGGUGCUGGCGCUGCGGGUGGCUCCGACUCUCGCGGAAAAUGCACCGGAGAAAGUAUGUGUAUUGGACUCAGCGGCGGGUCAGGGCAGUGA